AUGGGUUAUAAAUUGCCAUUUGACAGACAUGAUUGGAUAAUUGAUCGUUGUGGAAAAUCUGUUCGUUAUAUUAUCGAUUAUUAUGAUAGAGAAAAUUUGGAUCAUGAAACAUUGACAUUUACAAUAUUAGAUGUUAGACCGGCAUUUGAUUCAUUCGAUGCUGUAAAAUUAAAUGAGAGUAAUGCUCAAAAAAGAUUUUUCAUGUCAGCGAUCAAACGUGUGGAAAAUGAAUCAGAAAUCAGAAAUAACAAGAAUUUUAUGAUAAAUGACGAGAAAUGGUAUGACCUUGAACAACGAACUGAUGAAGUAUUAGUUCCUUCAAAAUGGGUUGAACGUUUAGAAGAAAAUAAUCUUAUCCAUGAACAAUUACAAAUGCUGCGAGAGAAAGCGAACAACUUAGGAAAUAAUAAUGCAAAACCCAUGUCUGCCGAAAAUCGAGAAAACCAUUAUUGCACAGCUGCAAUUCAAAAGCUCCGAAAUAAUGAAUUUAAUAAACGAUUAAGAGCCCAUCAAAUGAGAUGGCACUCAGUAGUUCUUAUUGGUGAAGUGGCUUCGUCUCUGCCGUUGCAUACAUUAGAUGCAACGGAAAUUGAAAAACAAUUGUACGCAACAUUGAGAAAAUAA